AUGGGGGCCGCCUGCGACGACGCCGUCCAGCAGCUCGCCCACCUCCUCGACCAAGUCGAGGAGCCGCUGAAGAAGACGUUCCAGAAUGUGCACCAGGGAUGUCCAUCAGAGACACUAGUGCGCUUCCUUAAAGCUAGAGAGUGGCAUGUAACUAAUGCUCAUAAAAUGCUUGUGGAUUGUUUGAAUUGGAGGAUACAAAAUGAAAUUGACAGUAUACUGGAGAAACCUAUAACCCCAGUAGACUUGUAUAGAUCGAUACGAGAAUCACAGCUUGUUGGGUUAUCGGGAUACUCAAAGGAGGGCGUCCCAGUGUUUGCCUUUGGUGUUGGACAGAGCACAUAUGACAAAGCUUCGGUCCAUUACUAUGUGCAAUCUCAUAUUCAGAUCAAUGAGUACCGUGAUCGUAUUAUUCUGCCCAUGGCGACGAAGAAGUUUAGACGACCUAUAACCACCUGUAUAAAGGUUCUUGAUAUGACUGGUCUGAAGUUGUCAGCACUGAGCCUAUUGAAGAUUUUGACUGCAAUAUCUGCUGUCGAUGAACUGAAUUACCCUGAAAAGGCCGAGACCUAUUAUAUUGUGAAUGCUCCAUAUAUAUUCUCAGCGUGUUGGAAGGUUGUGAAACCUCUACUGCAAGAGAGGACAAGAAAGAAGGUUCAUGUUUUGAGUGGUCGUGGGAAAGAUGAGCUCCUAAAGAUUAUGGACCAUUCCUCCAUCCCCCAUUUCUGUCGACGAGAGGGUUCAUCAAAAGCUUCGUUGAGCAGCAUCGAUGACUGCUUCUCGCUCGACCACCCUUUCCACCAAGAGCUCUACCAUUACAUCGAGCAGCAGGCGCUGAAUCAGGAACUCAUCAAGCAGGGUUCUUUGCACGUAGACAUCCCCGAUCAAGACCCCGAUGACGCCAUGAUUGUGGAGGUCAUCCAGGCCGAGUUUCACAAGCUCGGUGAACAGAAUGGGUCUGCCGAUGGCGACCAAAAAUAA